AUGAAUGAAUAUUCUCAUUUGACUCUACCUUUUCACUUUAAUUCAGAAAUAAAAUAAGUGGAUCUGUAAAGUUUUUAAUUUCCUCAGAAUAAAACAAAGGCACUUGAUUUAUAAGUUAUGAAUUCUGAUAGAGGCAAGUUUAUUUUGAAAAAAAUUAAUCAGACUAAUAUAAUUUUUAGAAUGAAAAAAUUUCAGCAUAAGAGCAAUCCAAAUAUUUUUAUUUAUAAAUUAGAAUAUGAGAGUGAAAUAAAUGAGACUUAUGAUUCUUAGAAUUAUUUUUAAGACUUUUAUUUUGAAGGUGAAAAUGAUCAAAAUAUUUUAGAAUAAUUUAAAAGUAAUUGUUAAUUUUAUUGAAAUAUAGAAUGCAUUUAAUAAAAACCUUAUGAAUUGGAAAAGUAGCAAAUUCCUAGAAAUAUAGCUAAACCAUUUUGUUGGAGAGGUUCUAAUUUUAAGAUAAAUUUCAUGAAAAAGUAAGUUAAGAGAAAUAAAGUUGAAAAGAAGAAUUUUAUUACAUCUUUAAAAUUUGGAGAUUUACCUUCUGAUGUAAAUGAUUCUUAAGAUAUCGAUCCAUUAUUAAAAUAAUUAUUUUAAAAAAAACCAAUUUGGCUUAAAGAAUAAUUAGUUAAAGAAUUAUAAUAAUUUUAAUAAUAUGAAGAAAAGCUAGGAUAAAUGGUUUAUUAUUAUUAUAAUGGUCCAUGGGCAAAAUGUUAUGUUUUUAAAUAAUAUAAUCCAUAAAUUAAUCCAUGUGCUGCUCAAUAUUAAACAAUAAACAUAAAGAAUAUUUAAAAUGAGGAAUCUAACAGUGAUGAUUAAGAUUAUCCUUAAAAAUGUUUUACUUUAUUAUAGCUUUGUGAUUUGCAAGAUAAAGAAAUAGAAAAUAUAAUAACAGAAGUCAUCAACAAAGGGAAAACAAAUCCACCAAGUCAACGAAAUUUUGUAAAGUAUGGAUGGUUUGAAAAACAACAAAUGAAGAUUAUAGUUCGAAAAAUUAAAAGUAUUAGAUAACAUUAGAAAAAAUUAUGAUAGGAUUUAAAUUAAG